ACUGUUUCUGUGCACAUGGGAUCGAUCGCCUCUACACAAGUAGGCUUAUGUUGCCAACAUAGUCACGCACAGAGUAGGUGUAUGCAGCGUCGUGGUCGUUGCGCAUUCUACGUUUUAUAUGGAGAAGCACUUUUAAUAAAAAGUCCCAGUUACGCUGCAGCCCAGAAAUAUGCAAUUUAAAUAAUUCUUAUAAGAGAAUAUUUUCUUGCGAAACAGUCCUUUGUAGUACAAUCAACUGUAUGCAGGAGCAGUAACAAUUUCUCGCAGUGGACAAAGGCCUAAUUACUUUACGAGGGUUGCAUUCGCAAGAUGGAAAAUUUUUUGAUACCACGCGUUUGCAGAGCUCCCCUUAUUACUGGUGUCUAUAACCAAUUCGUUGUGGAUAUAAUCGAUGCUGAUUCAACGUAUCGUGGGUAUGUAUGUGGAGUUGACAACGAUCAGUGCAUGGUGCGAGUUGGUUCAAUGCACAAACUGCAGCUGAUACCCAUAAAGAGGUUGUGCUUAGCUGGUCCCCAGGAGUGCAAACAGCUCGAAGACGUCGCGGAAAUGAUUGACGUCCUUAUCAGUGCGGAGGAAAGCCAACCCGAGUCAUGGCAACCAGCGCACAUUAUUACUGGCGUUGGCAUUGCAGAUUUUUCAUUGGUAAAUGUCGAAGUAACACUGCCGGGCGGUAGAGUUAAGCGCUACUGGAUACUUGAUAUUACUAGUGCCGGUUUCAAGCGUAUCCGCCCACGAGGACAUCUAGGGCCCGUUGUGAGCUCUCAUUCGUUUCGUCAGACGUUAAUUCCUCUCUCUAAAAUCAUGCAAUACUCUGUUGACGUCACCAAUAAGCUGGAAAUUAUAAGGAAUAUGCCACGGUUUCACAGCUUUUUCUUGGAGAAGACGGAUCAUCGGAUUAUGUUUCUUGGUGUCAGAAACGAUUGUAUCGCUGUGUUGGUGGAAGAAGCUUACCACAGGAAAAUGACGGAUAAGGAAAUCACCAAAUGGUCAGCGUCAGCUAUUAGUUCGUUUUUAGAGAAAUUUCACCAAGCGACGGAGCAUAUUGCCGGCUGCGUUUUGCAAGAAAUGCUCACAAUUAUUGUGGCCCAAAUCGGUAAUAACACUAACACCUUCAAGUUUCAACUUAUGUUAAUGCUACUUUUAUAAGCAAUAGAUAUGUGUGGAGGGAGUAAAUUUAUCCCAUAACAUAAAAUCCAGAUAUCGUGUAAUAGAAAUUUUAACGAUUGUGUAACAAUGUAAGUACAGAUUAGAUUGUCGGGACCGACGGACCGCAACCGAUGCAGUUCAGUCCAUGCCUUUCCGAGAGAGCUGCACGAAUGAGAAAUGGCAUUUAAAAGAAUCGAAGUGAGCGUAAUUGAUAAAAAUUAAAACCGAAAUUAAUGUUACUUCAAUCAAGAGGUAUACGGACCCAGCGCACCUUGGUAAAUCAGACCGCCAGCACAUUGAUUUCGCGGGUUUGUGCGUAUUCUAGCGGUCAGUUUUUGCUAUAACGGCUCUACAAAACUUCCGCCGCUCAGAGCCAGUCAAAAAAUCUCGAACCAAGACCCCGUAUAUUAAUAAAGGUUUUCAUUACUCCGGGGCGAUUGAACGUUUGCACAUCAGGGGUGAAAAUUCUAUAGUUACGGUAUCUGUCUUUCCGGCGUUUUUCUCCUUCGUUAAACAUGUUAGCGCAGCAACCCUGACUUCGGAUAAUUUUGAAAAUCUCUCACAAGUUCAUAUCGUUUAGAACUGGAUGCACCGUGUGACCUCCGACUUAAUGAUUUGCGCCCGGAAACUGUUUUGCUGAUGUUCAGCUAUUUGGAUGUUUACGACCAACAUCAGCUCCGCAGGUAGCACUCAGCGUACAUGUCUGCAAGACGAAACAUCUUACGGAACAUCCGAUCUGCAACAAUAUUUUGGUAUUGCUUUUUCAGGGUAGGAAAAUAUUUUAAUCACUUGUUGUCCUCGAAGACAAUUCGGCAGUGUUUAUUGCUGCCACGCCACCGUAGGCACGUCGUCGACGUCUUGAAUAAAUAUACAUCCCGUGGAGCGGAUUCUAAAAUGGCUUAUAUAAUUGGGAAUACUAUAACUGCAGAUGUGAGAAUAUUGUACUUAACGGGUAAAUGGAAGGAACGUCUGAACACACUAUCGUUGAUUCUGAAAAAGUUGUGCGUGAAACUGGAUUGGCUAAUAAUUGCCAACAAUUCUACCCUGUUGUUCAAUGAAUUUCUGGAAUUUCCGGAACCGUUUCCCAUGAUGUGCAUGCACAACUUUGAAACUGUAACAGCCAACUACAUGCCGGCCAUUGCAUACACGAAUUAUGCCCCGAUCUGCAGGCAUAUAGUGUUAAAAAGCUGUUGCUUUAAUAGUAAAUCUUCGAUAUGCUUUACCACAAUGCUGUUAGUUAACGAGGGCAAUUCUACAUGGUUUGCACCAAAAGGACGAUCACGCCUCAGAUGUUGCCGUGAACCAUUUUGCAUUAAAAUUCCUUAUUGGAGGUACAGUUUUAGUGAACCCGCCUCGUCCACGUUUGCAGAAGGUUUUCAGUUCGCGCUUGCGAAAUUUUGUCCGGAACUCGAAGAAAGCACGAUUAAAGCCUUGCUACACUGGCUGAAAUCUGUGAAAGGGGCAAAAGUUCGUGAGCCAAAAGCAGGCAUUUGGCCAUUUAUUCAGCUAUCUUACACACUGUGGAAUGAAGAAAUGCCCAUGUGCCUCAAAGACGUUCUGCGACAUGUUUCCAAGAAAUGUUCUGCAAAAAGCUUAAUUUUACAAACGCUCGCUUUACUGAUGCCAUGCAAGACUGAAAGGCGUUGCAAAGAUGAGACCGCGUCAAAAGACGAUACUUCCGAUAACCACACAACAGAUGCUGAGACAUGAUCAACUGCUUCGGGGAUCGAAUGUAAACCGGCCUAUGCUACAGUACAUCUUCUGUGCAGAUAUAGUACUACUACUCUUGCCUUAAGUGAAAAGCAAAAUGCACGACAGUGGCUAGAAAGUGGCUAGAAUCUCUUGAGUUUUUCAAAUUGUUUUCAAGUGUUUUGCCUCCACUAUCCUAUGUUAGUCUUACGGCUGUGUUUGAAAUUGAUAACGAAGUCUCGAACUCCUAGCCCGUACUGUCUGAGGAGGUUUUGAGCGUGCGCAUGUAACCGGCAGGAAGGUGGAAUGGGUUGAUGAUGGCCGGACGUUCAAAGAAAUCGGAUCUACUUUGCUGCAGCCUGCCGAUAAAUACGUGCAUUUAAACUGUCCUUCUUCUCUCUAAAAC